GCGAUUCUAUCUUGGAAUCGGGAUUCUUUUUCGAGCGGGUGAAUGCAAAAAUAGUGCUAUGAGGCUGUGUUCUUCUUGUUAUUGGAUGAAUGACCCCUGCUUUCUUUUCGGAUUUGCAUUGCCUUACGACGUGUCAGUACCCCUCACAGACUCUCUCCUCCCAACUUCCUCACCACAAUCUUUCAUUCUACUUCCCUGGAUAACACGAGAAGCGAUCAAACUAGAACGAGGGAGAUAGAAAUGGAGGGAACCUUUGGAAAGUUUAUUUCCUCCCCUCUGUUUACCUUUAUAAUCGGACCCGAGAAGAAGGAGUUCACGGUGCAUUCAAAACCACUGGCGGAUAUCUCGUCGACUCUUAAUGCACUCAUGAAUGGCGAGAUGAUGGAAGCGAAAGUCCGACGCGUUGAGUGGCCCGAUGUCGAUGAAGACACCUUCGUCCGAUUGUGUGAAUAUGCCUACCUUCAGGAUUAUAGUACCCCGCCUCGACCACUACCCCGUUCUGUUCAAUCUUUUGAAGAAUGGGGGGAGCGGCAACCGGGAAUGUCAAAGAAGGAGAGAAAGAAGUAUUAUAAAAAAUACCUCCAGGGUCUUGGCCAGACAGAUGAGCCUGUAGCUGAGCCCGUGCCAGAGGAAGCACCGGUAGAGGCAGAACCAGUGCCAGAGCCCGAAGAGGAGCCUCUAGAGCCUAUCGCGGAUGCUGGUCCGAGAGAAUUGCCUUACAGAGAAGCAAGCAUCUGGACGGGCCACCUCCAAGACAAAUUCACGCAAUUUGCCCUGCCCCCGAUUCCCGUGAAGACCGAAUCCAACCCCCUGUCGAAUCUCUACUACGAUGACUUCAAAGCUGUCUUCGAGGGCCAUGUCAGACUUUAUGUCCUGGCGGACAAAUACGGUAUUCAGCCACUCUGCUUCAUCGUCCUCCACAAGCUUUACGAGACCCUUAAGCAGUUCAAGAUCGACUCGGAAAGUGUCACUGCAGUGAUGGAGUUCGUGCGGUGUGUCUAUUCCGACACGCUGAAACAUGCAAAGGAAGGCCCCGCCUUGAGAGACCUCGCCACACGAUACAUGGUCUCUGUGCUUGGGCAGAUAGGGGAUGAACUGCAAUUCUCCCAACUGUUGGAAGAAGGUGGUGACUUUGUGGCUGACUUUUGGCGUAUGCUUUGGAAGCCGGGCAACUAAAUAAAAAAACGCUGGAGAUACAGAAGAUAGAGAAGACCGAAGAAGAACUGCCUCUUAAUCUCUUGUCCAAUACCCCUAUUUAAUACGACCAUUGCUUGAGCGAGUCUUGAAGAGCAAGUCUGUGGCUAUAGGUAGAAACUGUCAUUACACUCUUUCACCGAGGUCCAUCUCCAAUUCUCUAGAAUACCAUGUCUUCCUACUCAUCCCUAUCCAUCAAUGGAAACUCCUUUACCUGACACUGUCGUUCUUGUUGCUCUUGUCUUCGCCCCCAGUCAUGUCUUUGUUAUUAGUCCCGGACGACGGGUCGGUCUUGCUGACGCUCGUCGUCGGUUCGUUG